AUGGAUGGGAAGAUGAAUGUCUCGGGCUGGUGGAAGGAGCGUGACCGAGAUCGAUUGCGCAAGACUGCCAACAGUUGUUCCAGCGGCGCUGCUGGCGUGUUGUGCGCGCGUGCAGAAGAGGCGGAGCUGCGUUAUCUGAAGAUUGCCCAGUCCUAUCGGCUGUUCGGUGUGGAUUAUUUCGUGGUGACGUGCGUCCGAAUGAAGGAUCCUCGCACUCUCAGCCUCACUCGCUACUUCAGUAGGGCUGAAUUCUCCCAUUGGCGGACGCUGGUGAGUGACCCUACCGCUUGCACUCACAAAAUAACCUCGACAUUUCGUGUUUCGGAAGCGCAGGCUGCGCACUCGCACGUCUGCGCACCGCGCGCACCUCCGCUUGUGCGCCGCGCGGGUGCUACCGAGUUAAAUUUAGCCCAGUCCGGUCGACGCCUCCCGCGUCCAGAUCGCAACCAGGAAUUGUCUUGGGUUGGAAUCACCGCAGCCGGAAUCCAGCUUUUCACUAAGGACCAUGUCGAUCGGGCCCGGUAUACAUUCCCUUGGAAUAUCAUUAAAAAUGUCUCCUACCGGGAACGCAAGUUCACUGUAAAACUGAACAUGGCGUGGCGUCCCACGAAGAAGUCUGCUGGUCUUACGUUCUCCGGUUGUCGUCCGAGCAGCACACAAGCGCAGCAGCAGUCGGGUCACUCGCCGGCUGGAGGAACGGGAGCGAUGACUCUCAGUGCGCCGCAUACACCAUUGGCAGCGCGUGGCUCGCCCAGUCUUCCGGGCACCCCGGUGUCGGGCAAGCGAGGACCCAUGCGGCCCCCUCUGCCACCGCCACCUCAGCCACCAGUCACAUUUGCUCUCUCCCCUACUACCAGUGUCUCAAGUAAAUACCUCUCUACGACUGCUCACUUGUCACGCGGCCAGUUGGUGAGGGCACGUAGCAAGGAACGUCCACUGCCUUCGCCUGCAGAUCCGCAAGAGCCUGUAAUACAGGCACGUGAGUCCACCACGACUUACGGAGGUGGCAGCAGCGGCAUUCAUCCACACCGCUCGACGGUGAGUGCGAGUCCCGCCAGCGACUUCGCAAGUGGUGGCGGUGGAAUAUUCGGCGGUUCUGGUGUUUCCUCAGCUGGCUCCGUCGCCAGUGGACCACCUCCGGUGUCUCGCCAUGGUGCCACCAUCAUUGAGAUGUGGCUCGCUGAACCCUACCAGGCAAAGAAUAUUAUCCAUUUAUGUGCGGGAAAUCACUCGCUUUUCAUGCGACGUAGACAGCCAGAUUCCAUUGACGUGCAACAGAUGAAAGCUCACGAACGAGAGGAACGACUUCGGAGAGAGACCGAACGGGCCCGUCUACUGCGUGAACGCUCUGAAAAGACGGCUGCACUGAAGCUGAAUGCCGCAUUGGAGUCACGCUGUGCCGAGCUUGAGUCUGCCCUGCGUUCUUCCACUGCCAUUGCAGCUGCAGCCGCGGCUGCUGGAUCACCAUCUCUUCCAUCACCCGUGGAAGCGCUCAUCUCCAGUCGUAGGGUGUUGAAACGGACGGCAAUGCCCAAGGACGGCGACGGAGAGGGGAGAGGGGAGGAGGGAGAGGAAGAGAGAGAAGUAGAGGAGGAAGGUGAUGGAGAAAAUAUUGACGAGAAAGAAGGAGAAUUACAAAGGCAGAGUGGAGUUCAGUUUUCUUCAAGGGAGUCGCAGGAGCGCCUGUCCAGUCCACCAGCCUAUGCUCACCUGCAGCAUCAGCGGCGGCAGCGACACGGAGGAGCGGAGGGCAGACGAAGUAAAGGUGAAACUAUCAAGGGUAUCGAUCUACCCUCUGACCCCGUGCGCCUUGCCCAAGCCUCCCCACAUGCGGUGCCCAGUGGCAUUUACGAGGGCUUUGUAAUGGCUCACUCAGCAGCUGUGGCCUCGAUUCCCACACAGUCUGAACCAGCCAUCCCACAGACGCUUGCCUGGUCUCCGACUGUAAUUCAUCAAGCACGUGAAGAUCUCACCUCUCUGACCUACUCCCAAUCGCCUUUCUUGCCCCCACGUCCUGUCUUGGUGACUCAGAGUUUGGAGCACUUGCCAAGCCAGCAAAUAGCCCCGAACCUGAGUCAGAGGUCAAGGGUUCCUGCACCGCUGGUGUCUUAUCCUAUCACAUCCACUCUCUCCCUUCAUUCUGGCUACGGAGCAGUGAAUCCGCUUCAAAAGACUGGUCCGAACGUUGCGCCCUCCCUUGCAUCCAAUUACUAUAUGCAACAGAGGCUCACACACCAAGGACAAUCCUCCCAUCCCUGGCCAAACACACACAUUGCGGCGUUAGGUAGCACCCACAGUGCCCGUCUUUUCAAUGGAUUCAGUUAUCCGGGUCACCUUAACCUGGCGGGCGAUGAGUCGGCCAGACAAGGCAUCGCCACCACCGGAGUCGCGAUGACCAGCCCGUCGCCGGCCCUGGCGCAGGCGAGCUGUCUGGCCUUCGGACUGAGUGGUGGGCCAACUAUCAGCAUUUCCCCCGCUGAGUCAGUGCCUUUGGUUGGCCAAUCGGCGUCUCGUCGACCGCCCUUCUCGCACCUUCAUCAGCCUGCGAUGUGCAUUGGUGGCUUUCCCCCUAGUGCCUAUUCAAAUCCCUAUGCAAAUUAUCCUUACGUACCCUCAAAUUCUGGCGCCCCGAUAUGUUACUGCCCGCCAUGGGGUUACCGCGGCUUCAAUUCGGCAGCUUACUACGAUGCAAAUGCUGCACAGCCGUGCUUCAGUCAGAGUGUUCCAUGUGCUCCUGUCUCUAUGCCGAUUCUAAACGCCGGAGACGAGCUUUAUAUGACAGGAGGAGGCGAGACAGAGGAGCUGCCGUGUCUCUCCGGAUACUACCAGCCGCCAUGGUAUCCUUACUAUGAUCCCUACUGGCACUGGCUUCGAGCCGCAACUGGAGUAGUUGCUUCUUGUACGGCCUCCUCGACGGGUGUGGAACCUAGGACUGUGGGUUGGUCUCCUAAUGCCGUUCCUCCACCACCCCCGCCGCCAUUGCCGUUGCCGACUUUGGCAAACGUACCACUCAGUGCGAUGCUCUCGCCUUACGCAGGCCCCACUCGGCGUCGUAUACAGCAACAGAAGCUGGCUGCUACUAGACAGCUGCAGCGACAGCAACGGUUCCAGCAGCAUUUGGACUGUCAGGAGGGUGCGGGACUACCAUCAGGGCGACAAGUGAUUCGAGGCGUUUCACUUCAGGAUUUGCCCAGUCGAACCAGAUCGGGUAGUGAGAGUGGUUUCGGAGUCGAUCACACACGGGAGUACUCGGCGUCGCGACCUUCGCUUGUACAAAUGGUCGCUGCCACCUCCUCCGCCACAUUCCAGCCCUCGGACAACCACGGCGGUGGCAGCAGCGGCAGCUAUGGCGGCGAUGGUGAUACAAGACUGGAGGACCAGCAGCCACCGGGUAUCUUCACUUCUCCACCGCCGCCCAACCUCCUCACCAAUCCCACCUCCUCUUCAGAGGAGCAAAUUCGACUCGCCUACCAGCAUCAGUUGCACCGACGUAUGUGGGAGGAAUGGAUGUGGAGGGCGAGCACAGCCUACCCAUCACAGCGGGUGCCCGGGGAAGUCACCGAGCGACCCGAGCACCAACAUCUCUCCGCCUACCCCUCUCCGGGCAGCGGAACCGGUGCCAGUGUCAGCGGCGGAGACGGCAGUGGAGCCCCAUUUCGGCGCAUGCCACCCCCACCACCUCCAAGCUACUCGCAGUAUGUGGCCUCGGGCAUAUCACCACAGUCGGGACAACAGCACCUUACACCGAUAGGCGCUGUGACGGACAUCCGCGAUCCCAGUGGACCCGACGGCUCUAGCUCGGUGGGCUACAUGGGCCUCGACUUUCACGGGGUGACGGGGGCCGCUGCACUCUCCUCCGGUGCCUUGGCGGAGGUACCACCGCUACCCACAUUGGACGAGCCCUUCCACCACCAAGAACACCUUCCUAGUUCAUUCAGCAGUCUUCAACGUGGCCAACAUCCUGGAUCAGUGGAUCGAUUAAGCACAAUGGUCCGAUUAAGCCGGUCUUCAGUGCUAGGUCAUAAAACAAAUAGCCAUCUCUACGCUAACAUGACUCUUGUGGAUGGCAAACUGGUGCCACUGAUGGGCCGCCCUGCCCCCAUACUCCCCCACCAGCCAAUGCGAGCGCCAGUGACCUUCAGUGAGACGCGUGCGGUGGGUGCUACGGGAGCUGUCUCGUCCCGAGGUGCCUCAUCCGCUACCACCACCACUGCUGUCUCAGUCGUUCCUACCUCCUCACGUCAAUCCCGUCCCCACACUAGAUACCACUCCUCGCAGACCGUCUGGCUCACCGGUACCAUCUGCGACGUGGAGGCCUCCCGUCAACCCUCUGAAAGCGCCUCACCGCAGUUUCCUCCAUCCAAAGUGGAAAUUCCCAAAGGUGUCGGCUUCUGGGAACCCCAGUGA